GCGCCCUUAUCAAUUUUUUCGGCUUUCUGCACGCAUUUUGACGAAUUUUAGUGAAAGUUUUGGAUUUUUGUUAUUCAAAGUUGUUCUGUAUGUUCAAUAAUAGAACCAUCGAAAGCAUUGUGUAGUUGUUUUCCCGUUUUCCGGCCGAUUUUCCCAACAAAAUCCGGAUUGUCUGUCUUCAGUGUCUGUUACGUUUCUAUUGCCAACGAUUACUAGAUUACCUCCGACUAUGGCCUAUUCUGCAAAUAACAUUAGCGAGAGCCAGGAGCUCGGAUCUGGGCUUUCGCAAGUAAUGAACUCGGAAGAUAUUGCUCUGGGUUUGAACAUGGGAGAUAUCGAUGGUAUAAUGAGCUUUGCAGAUCGCGUGAACGAUGAUACCGUCACUUCGUUUAGCCAGGAUUUCUUCAUCGAGUCGACGGUUAAGCAGGAAGUGCUGAAUGGUUCAAAGAAUCUGGCCGGUAAACAGCCAUCGGUUGAGGAGUUGUUCGUCCCAGGCGUAUCAUUCGCGGUGGAAUUGCAGGGCGAACAAACCGGUUCAUGCGCUGGAUGGGCGUACUCGGACAAGCUGAAGAAACUGUUCGUCAAACUCGAAGGCUCUUGCGCGUUUACCGUGAACGUGGAGUGUGAAUCGAACUCUCCGAUGCCAUACUGGUACGUGCGAGCCAUGCUCGUAUCCACCGUGCCCGAAUUCAACCAUAUACCCAUCCAGCGUUGUCACAAUCAUCGAGCUAAAGAUGCUCCAAAGUACGCCAACAUAAAUAUGCACGUAAUCCGGUGUCAGAAUGGGCGCGCGGAAUACGUUGGCUACGAUGGUGGGGCGCUAUUCAUGGAGCGGUGUGCCGUACGAGUGGCGCUCGAGGAUAACAAAGCGACUCUUCCUCUAAAGUUCAUGUGCCAGAACUCGUGCUUCAAGCUUGCGAAGCUGACGGGAAUCGUGUUCACGCUAGAAGAUCCGGAUGGAAACGUUUGGGGUCGCCGUACGAUGCCGAUUAAAAUCUGUACCAACUACCGGCGCGACAAGCUGAACGAAGAAAAUUCUCUACGAUCGUCUAACACACCAUCGAAACAUCUCGAUCGUAGUCGAACAACGUACAAACGGAAUCGCAUCGCUGGAAAAGUGAGCUCAAGUCAGUCGGCUAGUGGAAUGUGCGGGAAGCGGAUGAAGCGGGAGCAAAUUUCGAUCGAACCAUGUCGCAUUAGUUUGACUCUACCGAGCCCAAGAAUGGCGAAGCGGGUUUUCGAGGCGGCCAUUGGCAUGAUCUCGAAUGCAGUAUUAAGGACGCAUAAUGAGCAAGAUAAGGCGGAACUUAUGAAGUAUAUACAAACCAUUAGGGAAGAACGAAGCAGCACUCUGGAUGGCUGCAGUCAAGAUAGCGAGCUCCUUUAGAGGCUAGACUGGGAGAUAUUAUCAUUAGAAGACCGCAGGAUACCGUUCAAGUACAAUAAGUCGCGACAGAUCUUAUGAAAACGAUACGUCUCCUUCGUUAUCAAUGUGAUAGAUUGGAGAGGUAAUGCUUUUCUUCACAAAACUACAUUACCAGAGCACCAUCCCAACUGUCGCAAGAUUAGCCCAUUAAACAGCACCAUUAAACAAGCAGCACAGUGCUGUAACUGUAGCAU